AUGGCUAGUGGAGAAAGACAGAGCUCUUCCUCUCCGUCAACAGGGGAUGAUAAAGGAGGAGGAGGAGGAGGUGGUGGUACUGGACCAGGAAAAGAUGGAAGCUCGGCUGAAAAGCAGUCUUUGAAUCCAGGCAUCCCUAUCCGGGGCAUCAGGAUGAAAUUUGCUGUUCUGACAGGAUUGGUGGAAGUUGGGGAAGUAUCCAACAGGGAUAUUGUAGAAACUGUGUUCAAUCUGCUUGUAGGCGGUCAUUUUGAUCUGGAAAUGAAUUUUAUUAUACAAGAAGGAGAAGGUAUUACAUGCAUGUUGGACUUGCUGGAUAAGUGUGAUGUCACUUGCCAGGCAGAGAUAUGGAGCAUGUUUACAGCCAUCCUGAAAAAAAGUAUCCGAAAUCUGCAGAUUUGCACAGAAGUAGGUCUCAUUGAGCAUGUGCUUCAGAGGAUUGAUAGAGCUGACAGUAUGAUUGCAGAUCUUUUAGUAGAUAUGCUUGGAGUAUUAGCAAGCUACAGUGUGACAGUUCGGGAAUUAAAGCUAUACUUCAGCAAACUUCAAGGAGACAGAGGAAAAUGGCCUCUGUAUGCUGGAAAGUUGUUGUCUGUGUUAAAAUAUAUGCCCCAGAAAUAUGGGCCUGAUGCCUUCUUCAAUUUCCCAGGAAAAAGUGCUGCAGCUAUUGCCUUACCUCCUAUAGCAAAGUGGCCAUACCAGAAUGGAUUUACCUUUCAUACUUGGUUAAGAAUGGAUCCUGUAAAUAAUAUUAAUGUAGACAAAGAUAAGCCUUACUUAUAUUGUUUUAGAACAAGUAAAGGGCUUGGUUACUCUGCCCAUUUUGUGGGAGGCUGUUUGGUUGUGACAUCAAUUAAAUCAAAAGGAAAAGGUUUCCAGCACUGUGUGAAAUUUGAUUUCAAGCCGCAAAAGUGGUACAUGGUUACUAUUGUUCAUAUCUAUAAUCGCUGGAAGAAUAGUGAACUCAGAUGUUAUGUGAAUGGAGAACUAGCAUCAUAUGGAGAGAUAACAUGGUUUGUCAAUGCCAGUGAUACAUUUGACAAAUGUUUCCUGGGCUCUUCAGAAACAGCAGAUGCCAAUCGAGUGUUUUGUGGGCAGAUGACAGCUGUUUAUCUUUUCAGUGAAGCUCUCAAUGCUGCUCAGAUCUUUGCAAUUUAUCAACUUGGUCUGGGAUACAAAGGAACUUUUAAGUUCAAGGGAGAAAGUGAUCUGUUCCUAGCUGAUCAUCAUAAACAAUUAUUAUAUGAUGGAAAACUGUCUAAUGCUAUUGCCUUUACAUACAACCCAAGGGCUACCGAUGCACAGCUCUGCCUAGAAUCAUCACCCAAGGAUAAUCCUUCUAUCUUUGUACAUUCACCACAUGCCCUCAUGUUACAGGAUGUGAAAGCAGUCAUAACCCAUUCUAUCCAAGGUGCAAUGCAUUCUAUUGGAGGAGUGCAGGUGUUAUUUCCUCUAUUUGCACAGCUGGACUAUAGGCAAUAUUCCUUGGAUGAGCCUGACACAACUCUUUGUUCUAUUUUACUGGCUUUCAUUAUGGAAUUGCUGAAGAACUCAGUUGCUAUGCAAGAACAAAUGCUUUCUUGUAAGGGCUUCCUUGUAAUAGGAUACAGUCUUGAAAAGUCUUCCAAAGCACACAUUAACAGAACUGUCUUAGACCUUUGCCUUGCCUUUGCUAAAUAUCUGAGCAAUUUGCAUAAUGGAGCCCCCUUGCUGAAGCAGCUCUGUGAUCAUAUUCUCCUUAACCCUGUAAUAUGGAUUUAUACUCCAGCCAAGGUUCAAUUGAUGUUGUACACUUACUUGUCCACUGAAUUCAUUGGCAUAGCAAAUAUAUAUAAUGCAAUUAGACGAGUUGGUACAGUUCUAUUGGCAAUGCAUACCUUGAAGUAUUACUAUUGGGUAGUUAAUCCUCAAGACCGUAGUGGAAUUACUCCUAAAGGUUUAGAUGGACCUCGGCCUAAUCAGAAAGAAAUUCUUUCUCUGCGAGCCUGUUUACUGAUGUUUAUUAAGCAAUUGGUGACAAAGGACUAUGGAGUGAAAGAAGAUGAACUCCAGGGCAUUCUGAAUUAUCUUCUUACCAUUCAUGAGGAUGAAAAUUUAAUGGAUGUUUUGCAAUUGCUUGUUGCUCUCAUGUCUGAGCACCCCAGUUCUAUGAUUCCUGCUUUUGAUCAGAGGAAUGGGUUACGUGUUAUCUACAAGCUUCUUGCUUCCAAAAGUGAAGGAAUCAGAGUACAAGCACUGAAGGUGAUGGGCUACUUUUUAAAGCAUCUGGCACCCAAGAGGAAAGCAGAAAUUAUGAUUGGACAUGGACUGUUUUCUCUUCUGACUGAGAGGCUUACGCUUCAAACAAACUUAAUUUCCAUGACUACCUACAAUGUUCUUUUUGAGAUACUCAUUGAGCAGAUUUGUACACAAGUGAUGCAUAAACAGCAUCCUGACCCAGAUUCAACAGUGAAAAUACAAAAUCCCCAGCUUCUAAAAGUUAUUGCUGUUUUGCUACGUAAUUCCCCACCGUGCUCAGAAACCAUGGAAGUCCACCGAGUCUUUCUAUCAGACAUGAUUAAGCUUUUUAAUAGCAGCAGGGAGAAUAGGAGGAGUUUACUGCAGUGCUCUGUGUGGCAGGAAUGGAUGCUUUCCCUUUGCUAUUUUAAUCCCCAAAGCUCUGAUGAACAGAAGCUAACAGAAAUGGUGUAUGCCAUUUUUCGAAUACUACUUUAUCAUGCAAUCAAGUAUGAAUGGGGUGGCUGGCGUGUUUGGGUGGAUACCCUAGCAAUUACACAUUCAAAGGUAACUUUUGAAAUACAUAAACAGAACCUUUCUCAGAUGUUCAGGGAAUAUGAAGAGAAAGGAGACGAAUCCUGCAGUGCUGGUCCAUCAUCCAUUAUUAGAACAGUUUCAGGUAUUAGUAAAGAUGCUGAAGUUACAGAGAAACUCCAUCUUCUUGAAAAAAAAGAAGCCGACACUUCUGCAGUUGAUAUUGACAACAGAAGCAUGAACAACAGCGUUAUGAAAGAUGAAAGUAGAUUACCUGAUUUUGAAGAACACAGUACUUUAGAAACAAACAAAGAAAAAAACAAAACAGAAAAUAUCCAGAAAACUCUUGGUUUAAACAAAGCACCUAGUUUGGAUCUUCCCCUACAAGCUCAAGUGACGAAACAGAGCUCAGAACAUACUGCUGAGAUUAUUGGAAUAAACCAUGAAGAAAAAGAAAUAAGUACCACUGAUUCACAAUCACCUUUAGAAAAUGUUGAAACACUAGAAAGCCCAGAAAUGUUAGAAAAUGUAACACCAGAAGUAUAUGUGGAGGAAGAUGAAGAUUUUGUUGAUUUAAAAGAGGAGACUAAUCUGGCACUUACAUCAGAACAAUGUGUUCCAAAACCCAUUGAGGAACAUGAUUUGUGCGAUAGCCAGGUAACCUCAGUUGGACAGCAGUGCACUGCUUCUUCAAAAGAACCUGUUUCAAUAGAAGUAGUACCUGAACUUGUUGAAGGAUCAGUUGUUGAAGGAUCAAUGGAAACAGAACAGCAGGAUUGCUUGCCAGAAACCAGUGGUCCUGAAAUAAACAGAGCUCAGUCAACUUCAGACACUGAGAAUAACAUUGAUGACAAAAAUACUAAUCAACCCCAAACCAAGACAGUUGUAGAUAGCACACAACCACAGACCUCAGAAGCAAUAAUUGCUUCAGAUAAGAAAAUUGCCAGACUUGACGUUUCCAGCAUUGCAUCAGAUACCGAAAGAUUAGAAUUAAAGCCCCAUGCAAAUCCAGAAGUAAAUCAGCCUCCUCGCGCCAUUUCUGAGACGUCUAGGCAGUAUGAUUCAUCAGAUCAAAAUGUAGCAACUCCUUCAGAUGGGCAGAGGAAGGAUUCUAGAACUACCAUGUUCCGUAUCCCUGAAUUCCGAUGGUCUCAAAUGCAUCAGCGCUUGCUUACAGAUCUUCUCUUUUCUAUAGAAACAGAUGUACAAAUGUGGAGAAGUCAUUCUACCAAGACUGUGAUGGACUUCGUGAACAGCAGUGAUAAUGUCAUCUUUGUACAUAACACAAUUCAUCUUGUCUCUCAAGUGAUGGACAAUAUGAUUAUGGCUUGUGGUGGCAUAUUACCUUUGCUUUCAGCUGCUACAUCUGCUACGCAUGAAUUGGAAAGAAUUGAGCCAACUCAAGGAUUAUCAGUGGAAGCUUCCAUAGCAUUCCUUCAAAGACUAAUUAGCCUUGUGGAUGUACUGAUCUUUGCAAGUUCCCUUGGAUUUAAUGAAAUUGAGUCAGAGAAAAAUAUGUCAUCUGGUGGAAUUUUACGGCAAUGUCUUCGACUUGUAUGUGCGGUAGCCGUCAGAAAUUGUUUGGAAUGUCAGCAACAGCAUAUGUUAAUGAAGCCUAGUGGAGAAAACGUUAAGCAUCAGAAAACAAUACAAAGCCUUAUAGCCUCAGGAAGGACUGGAGCAAAGAGUCCAGUUGAUAUGGUAACUGGAGGGAUUUCUCCAAUAAGAGAUAUUGACAGACUUCUACAGGAUAUGGAUAUUAAUCGCCUCCGUGCAGUGGUAUUCAGAGAUAUAGAGGACAGUAAGCAGGCACAGUUCUUGGCUUUGGCUGUAGUGUAUUUUAUCUCUGUACUCAUGGUAUCAAAAUACAGAGAUAUCUUGGAACCUCAAGCUGAACGGAGGCAAUUUCAACCUUCUCAGUCACCCAAAAUAGUUAAGGAAGAACAAUCUGAAGCUAUUACUACUUUAAGUCAGGAACCUGCCGAGCAGUCAGAAAGUGUGACAUCUCCACAAAGAUGGGAUUCCAGAAUUCAGGAGGAAGCACAUUCUGGAUCAGGAGACAAUUCUGAGAUGGUUACUGAACCAGAAAGACAGAGUAUAAGUACAGGUCCAGAUGCGAUCAGUGAAAUAUUAUGUACUCUUUCUUCAGAAGUUAAUAAAUCUCAAGAAAAUACAAAUGAAGUACAUAAUGAGGUAGAUGGUAAAACUGCAUCCUCUGUGCAAACUGCAAAAAACGUCAAUGUGAAAGACAUCCUAAGAAGUUUGGUCAGUGCUCCUGCAGACGGGGCCAUGGUUGACCCUACUGUUCUUCUACCUGUUUUUCUUGGAGUCCUUGGUGAUGGUGCUACUGCACAACCAAUACAAUUUCAAUCUUUUGACAGGAGUGUGGUUGUGGCACCAAAGAAGUCAGUGAGUUCAUCUGCAGCUACAAUUAACGUACCUACAAAUGCUGUUAGUGUGGUUUCUUCUUUGGAUUCUUCCCAAGCUCCAGAUGUAACUGGAAGCUCUCCAAGCAAUGGAUCAUCAGAUUCAAGAUUACCAUCUGUUCCUACACUUUCUUCUGUGCCUGAGGAUUCUGCUUCAAACAUGAGUAUUUCAGAGAGGCUUGAGCAUGCUUUGGAAAAAGCUGCCCCUCUUCUGAGGGAGAUAUUUGUGGACUUUGCUCCUUUUCUUUCGCGUACCCUCUUGGGUAGUCAUGGUCAAGAACUGCUGAUAGAAGGUACAAGUCUUGUAUGUAUGAAAUCUAGCAGUUCAGUUGUGGAAUUGGUCAUGCUGCUUUGUUCUCAGGAAUGGCAGAACUCAAUACAGAAGAAUGCAGGCCUAGCUUUCAUUGAACUUGUCAAUGAAGGAAGGUUGCUGAGUCAAACAAUGAAGGAUCAUUUAGUGAGGGUAGCAAAUGAAGCAGAAUUUAUCUUGAAUAGGCAGAGAGCGGAAGACGUUCAUAGCCAUGCUGAAUUUGAGUCAUUGUGUGCCCAGUAUUCUGCAGAAAAACGUGAAGAUGAGAAGAUGUGUGAUCAUUUGAUAAGGGCAGCCAAGUAUCGUGAUCAUGUGACAGCAACUCAGCUGAUACAGAAAAUCAUCAAUAUACUGAUGGACAAGCAUGGAGCCUGGGGCAAUUCUCCACCAAGUCGUCCUCGUGAGUUCUGGCGCCUUGACUACUGGGAAGAUGACUUGCGGCGCCGGCGACGAUUUGUGCGUAACCCCCUUGGAUCGACACAUCCUGAAGCGACCUUAAAAGCUGCCACAGACCACGCUCCUGAUGAAGAUGUACUUGUUAAAGGAAAGCAAUCUAUCAAGAAUCAGGCUUUAGGAAAUCAGAAUUCAGAAAGCGAGAUUCUCCUGGAAGUUGAUGAUGAUAAUUUGUCAUCCAUGGAAGAGAAAGAACUUGAGAAUUUAACUGGUCCUGUUAGUCUGUGUACACCAGCUCAGCUCGUGGCCCCUUGUGUAGUAGUGAAAGGCACUCUGUCCAUCACCUCCUCUGAAGUGUAUUUUGAGGUAGAUGAAGAAGAGCCCAUUUUUAAGAAAAUGGAUUCCAAGAUACUUGCAUAUACGGAUGGACUGCAUGGAAAAUGGCUGUUUUCAGAGAUUCGAUCAGUAUUUUCUCGACGCUAUCUAUUGCAGAAUACAGCACUGGAAAUCUUUAUGGCUAACAGAGUUGCUGUCAUGUUCAACUUUCCGGAUCCUGCAACUGUAAAAAAAGUAAUCAAUUGUUUACCUCGUGUUGGAAUUGGAACUAGUUUCGGAUUGCCUCAAACCAGACGUAUUUCUAUGGCCACUCCACGUCAAAUCUUUAAAGCUUCAAAUAUGACUCAGCGAUGGCAACACAGAGAGAUUUCAAAUUUUGAAUAUCUUAUGUUUCUUAAUACCAUUGCAGGGCGUACAUACAAUGAUUUAAACCAGUAUCCAGUAUUUCCUUGGGUGAUCACUAACUAUGAAUCAGAAGAGUUGGACCUUACACUUCCAAGUAAUUUCCGGGAUUUGUCAAAGCCUAUUGGUGCUCUUAAUCCCAAACGAGCUGCAUUCUUUGCAGAACGCUACGAAACCUGGGAAGAUGAUCAAGUCCCAAAGUUUCAUUAUGGCACUCAUUAUUCAACAGCCAGUUUUGCACUCACUUGGUUGUUAAGAAUUGAGCCUUUUACAACAUUUUUCCUACACUUGCAAGGUGGGAAGUUUGAUCAUGCAGAUAGAGCUUUCUCAUCAGUUUCAAGGGCAUGGCGUAAUUGUCAACGUGACACAUCUGAUAUCAAGGAGCUUGUUCCUGAAUUUUAUUAUCUACCUGAGAUGUUUGUCAAUUUCAAUAAUUACAAUCUUGGAGUGAUGGAUGAUGGAACAGUGGUGUCUGAUGUUGAACUUCCACCAUGGGCCAAAACCCCAGAAGAAUUUGUUCGCAUAAAUAGACUGGCUUUGGAAAGCGAAUUUGUUUCCUGUCAACUGCACCAGUGGAUUGAUUUGAUUUUUGGCUAUAAGCAGCAAGGGCCAGAAGCUGUCAGAUCUCUAAAUGUUUUCUACUAUCUGACCUAUGAAGGAGCUGUCAAUCUUAAUUCAAUAAUGGAUCCAAUGUUGAGGGAGGCAGUGGAAGCUCAGAUCCGAAGUUUUGGACAGACUCCUUCCCAAGUGCUUAUAGAACCACAUCCUCCAAGAAGUUCUGCUAUGCAGUUGUAUCUCCUUCUCCAGAGUCCAUUGAUGUUCACAGACCAAGCUCAACAGGAUGUCAUCAUGGUCCUAAAAUUUCCAUCCAACUCUCCUGUAACACAUGUAGCAGCCAACACUCAGCCUGGUUUGGCAAAUUCUGCUGUGAUUACUGUCACUGUCAACCGACUAUUUGCUGUGAAUAAGUGGCACAAUCUUCCUGUUCAUCAAGGUGCUGUACAAGACCAGCCAUACCAGCUGCCAGUGGAAAUCGAUCCUCUCAUAGCUAGCAAUACAGGUAUGCAUAGAAGGCAAAUCACAGAUCUUCUGGACCAAAGUAUUCAAGUCCAUUCCCAGUGCUUUGUUAUUACUUCAGAUAAUCGCUAUAUCCUGGUCUGUGGAUUUUGGGAUAAAAGUUUUCGGGUGUAUUCUACUGAUACAGGCAAACUAAUGCAAGUUGUGUUUGGACACUGGGAUGUUGUUACCUGCCUUGGCCGCUCUGAAUCUUAUAUUGGAGGAAACUGUUAUAUUCUAUCAGGAUCUCGUGAUGCCACUCUGCUGCUAUGGUACUGGAAUGGUAAAACCAAUAGCAUUGGUGAUAACACAAAUGGUGAAACAGCUGUUCCUCGGGCAAUCUUGACUGGACAUGAUUAUGAGAUUACCUGUGCAACAAUUUGUGCUGAACUUGGUAUAGUGAUAAGUGGUUCUAAAGAAGGAUCAUGUCUCAUACAUUCUAUGAAUGGGGAUCUACUGCGGACAUUAGAAGCUCCUGAAAACUGUAUGAAAGCAAAACUUAUCCAAGCAUCAAGAGAGGGUCACUGUGUUAUAUACUAUGACAAUGGUCAUUUCUGUGUAUUCAGUGUGAAUGGAAAACUCCACUCCACUAUGGAAACAGAUGAUAAUAUCAGGGCAAUCCAGCUGAGCCGUGAUGGGCAGUAUCUCCUCACAGGAGGAGACAAUGGAGUUGUUAUGGUAUGGCAAGUGUAUGAUCUCAAGCAGCUUUUUGCCUAUCCUGGUUGUGAUGCUGGUAUCCGAUCCAUGACUCUUUCAUAUGACCAAAGGUGUAUAAUGACAGGCAUGGCUUCUGGCAGCAUAGUGGUUUUCUACAAUGAUUUCAACAGAUGGCAUCAUGAAUACCAAACCAGAUACUGAAAUAUGAAUUGAAGUGAUGUGGCCGUGCAGCUCUUCUCAUAUGGAGACUUCAAACACACACAUCUCUCUUUAGUAUCUUGUCAUAUUCUAAAUCUUAUAAAUAGUUAAUAUAUCUGAAUGUAACUUAAAUUUGCUGGGAGAUGCUAUUUUUUGAAGUUAAUUGCUAUUUUUGUAGAUUUUGCUUGACUUUUUGGGAUGGGGAAAAAACAGAUGAUUAUUGGGGUUCUGUAGCUUAUAAAGAAAAUCUAUAUUUUUUAGUCAUAGUAAAUCUAUUUUGAUCAUUAUACUGGGGUGGGGGAAGACUGUAAUAGGGUGGCUAUAAUUCUUGUAUUAGCUAUAUUAUGAAACAUGUUUCUCAUGUAAACUUUAUAAUCUUAUGGAAUAUUUGAUUUUAACAAUGGAAAUUGUUAUAACAAAGGAAGUUGGUUAUAAUACCAGCAGUUAUAAUACUGACAUUUUAAACUAUGCUUAUCCCUCCCUUCCCUUUUGUCUUGUACUUUUACAGUGAUAACUUGAAGCACUGAAUUUUCUGAAAAUCAAGAAUAUUUAAAUUUUUGUUUUCACAUCUGUGUAAUGAUCAAGUGUGAUUCUAGAAUCUAGGUGAUUAGUAUACCUUUUAAAUUAUUAAUUUGUUAUUUUGUUGUAUGGUUAAGAGAGAAAUACCAUAAUCAUAAGCAGAAUUUAUACAUCAAGCAUAUUUUUCCUAUCCUUUCAUCAGGCCCACUGUUCUUCAAAAAUAAGAUCUAUUUUGAGGAUUUUGGAAGUAUUCUAUUUAUCUUCUGUACUUUUUGAAACCAUGUGUGGAUAAAAAAAAACAUUUGUGCUGAAGAUCUGCUAUUUUCCUUCAGCACCUUAAUGGUAAAAGCUAUUGUGUGCCUGCAACAGAACUAGAAAACUGUAUUGCACAAGACCUUAUAUUGAUCUUAAAAUCAAGACAUGUUCCUAUCAAAUCUGAUUCAAUCAUUCUGACAAAUCUCUCUUCAAGCUCUUGGGAAACUAAAUAAAAUUUAUUAUGAACAAUGUUAUUUUGGUGUUGCAUAAAUCCUACUUAAUAUAUGAUUGCUGUGCAAAAUUCUGUGAUGAUAUAUGUGAAAAGUAUUGUUUUUAGAAUGUACUGCAAAAUUAUUUCUUGAUAAGUUGUGGUUUAAGAUUUAAAAUUUACAUUUCUCUGUCUUUGUCAGUAUAUAAUUUCUUCAACUAAUUAUUUGAAGCAAUUUGUAUGUUUUUUUCCUAAUAUUCAAAUAGCCCUUCUUUAUAUAAGCAUCAGAAAGGGGGAAACUCAGUUUGAAACAAGAUAUUAAAUAAAAAAGGCAUUUGU